AUGACCGGUGAUAUUGAAGCAAGAAGUACGAGUCCAUCGUCUUGCGAUGAAAUAACCUCAGCAGAUGAUUCGAAUGCCCCGCCUGCGAUAAUGGUCCCCGCACCUCUCGCAGCGAAUAAAGAGAAUCAUCGUGUGCGCUUCUCGGUGGAUGUAGAACGAGAACGAGGAAGUUUUGUCGAAUCUUCUAGUCAGAGACCUGCGACUCCGAAUUUAAGUAUCGAUACUAGGGUAGCGGGGAAUGAAACAGCUGCAGAUGGCAGAUCAACAACAUCGGGACAAGGGAGGAGGAUUCUGGGGAUGUCGCCAAUUUCGCCGAGGACGAGGGAUAGAGGAUAUUCGUUGAGAAGGACAUUAUUUGCGCGAGGAUUGAACAAUUCGGACCCCGAGCCGGAGAAUAUCGAACUUGCAGAAGCAGAACCUUCACAGAAUGGUGGGAAGAAGACACAAAGUUCGGUGGCUGUAUGUCCGGUACAUGAUGAGAUUGAAGAGACACUAAGCGAGAGUACCCAACCUACGAGCUCGAGUAGAGCCUCCAGAUACAAGGACAAGAAGGCUUUUGGGACGAGUGAUUUACCAAAUUAUGAUCGCUUCGUGCGCAAAGUUAAGGGGGACGAUUCGAUUAUCCGGAAAGCGAAGAAGACAUCGCAAUGGUUUUGGAGAGAGAAGAUUUUGAAAGAUAUUCUUAGACAAAGGGAAAUACCUCCUUCGAAAGAUGGACGACAUAUUGAUUUAGAUGCUACUCGUCCGCGAGGGACCCCGCUAAUUGAUGAGAGGACUGGAGUUGCAUAUAUCGGUAAUACUAUUCGCUCUAGUCGAUACACAAUAUGGAAUUUUGUACCCCGACAGCUUUUCUUCCAAUUUUCAAAGCUGGCAAAUGCGUACUUUUUACUUGUUUCUAUUCUUCAAAUGGUUCCUGGACUUUCACCUACGGGAAGCUAUACCACCAUUGCUCCACUUUUAGUUUUCGUGAUGAUCAGUAUGGCCAAGGAGGGAUAUGAUGACGUUCGUCGCUACAAGUUGGAUCAAGUUGAGAAUAACAAUCAAACAUUGGUUUUAAGCGCAUAUAAACAUCUAGAUAUCAAUGAGAAAUCUCAUAUCGGAUCUAAAGAUCCGCGAUCAAAGAGGGCCAAGAAGGGCUUGGGUAUUGAUUCUCCCGAAACGGUGCACGAGAUCGACAUCGAAGCGACUGCUUCUGGACCAAGACAUUGGACAACGUUGAAGUGGAAAAAUCUCAAGGUCGGGGAUAUUAUAAAACUUGAACGGGACGAAGCGGUACCCGCAGAUAUUCUCCUUUUGCAUGCAGAUGGACCUAAUAAUAUCGCUUUUAUCGAAACCAUGGCCUUGGAUGGUGAGACAAAUUUAAAGACGAAAUCACCUCCGGUUCCUUUGGCGAAGAAAUGCUCCACGGUGGAGAAGUUGGUUGAUUGUCGAGCCCACGUGGUGAUUGAGGAUCCCAAUCUGGAUUUGUAUAAUUUUGAUGGGAGAGUUACUAUUGAUGGCGAGACGUUACCACUCACAACCAAUGAGAUUGUUUUCCGAGGAAGUAUUUUGAGGAAUACGCCUAAUGCCAUUGGUAUGAUUCUCAACACGGGCGAAGAGUGCAAGAUUAGAAUGAACGCCAAUAAAAAUCCUCGAACGAAAGCACCCGAGAUGCAAAAGAUUGCAAACAAUAUUGUCAUUAUUCUCGUCAUAUUUGUCAUUAUCCUUGCUUUGUUUUGUACCAUUGCAUAUCAAGUAUGGUCCCAGAAUGUCGAGAAUAAUUCUUGGUAUUUGACAGGAGCGCACUUUAAAUUCAGCUACUCUAUUGUUGCAUUUAUCAUCCUCUUCAAUACAUUGAUUCCACUUUCGCUAUAUGUUAGUUUGGAAAUUAUCAAGGUUGGACAAUUACUUCUCAUGCAUGAUGUUGAGAUGUAUGAUCCCGUAUCGAAUACUCCGAUGGUUUCAAAUACGUCUACGAUUCUCGAAAAUUUGGGUCAGAUUAGUUAUGUGUUUUCCGAUAAAACGGGUACUUUGACCGAUAAUGUUAUGCGUUUUCGAAAACUCAGUGUUGCUGGAUAUGCUUGGCUUCAUGAUUUUGAUUUAGUUCGAGAAGCGGCUGAACUAGAGUUGGAUGUGAGUAAAGGAGAUAAAGUGAAGUCAAAAAAUAAAGGCAAGGGAGUCUCUAAACACUUUUCGAAGAAACGAACACAUCAGUCUCAUGUAGAGGAUGAUAGAUUGAACAGCUCAACCACCGAUCUUCCUAGAAGAUCAGGAUCUGUCUGGAGAUCAUCAGCACAACCGAAUCGUAUUCAACCUGAAUUUCGAACUGAGGAAAUGAUUCGAUAUAUGCAAAGUAAACCUCAUGGUAUAUUUACUAAGAAGGCUAAAUUCUUCCUCUUGUCCAUUGCACUUUGUCAUACAUGUCUUCCGGAAGUUCGAGAAAAUGGGCAUAUUGAAUUCCAAGCUGCAUCUCCUGAUGAAUUGGCUUUGGUACAAGCAGCUCAAGAACUUGGAUAUUUGGUCAUAGAUAGACCUGCUCGUUCUAUUACUUUGACCAUUCCGAGUGAAUCCGAGGAUAUUACGGAAACCUAUGAAGUUCUUGAUGUGAUUGAAUUUUCGAGUAAGCGAAAGCGAAUGUCGAUUAUCGUCCGUUUUCCUAAUGGAAGGAUUUGUAUCUUUUGUAAAGGUGCAGAUUCUUCAAUCCUGCCACGUUUGAAGCUCGCGCCAUUAGCUAUGCAGAAAGCUUCCGAGGUCCAGAGAAGAUCAAGUGUGAGAAAGAGUUUAGAAGCCGAGGAAGCACUACGAAGAAUGAGUGAAAGUAGUCCUAGGACAAGUUACAGUCGACCUAGUAUGAAUCUUCCACGAUCAAGUUUAAGUCGAAAUCGGAAAAGUAUUGGGGGUGGAAGACCAAGUAUGGCCAGUACUCGAUUACAACCUAUACGAGAUGAGCUUGAUUCUUGGUUGAGAGAAAGAGAAAGUGAUGUUGAAUUGCCAGAUUUGCAUGGAUCGGCUGAUGCUUAUAGAACUCCGAGAACUUCAAUGGCUAUGGGUCGAUCUUCUUUCGCUUCUUCGGACGUUAGAACUUCUAUGCAAACUGAACAUUUUGAUGAGUUUGUUGAUGAAGCAUUGGUUUUGGAUGAUGCUGCUGUUUUUGAACGUUGUUUUCAACAUAUUGAUGAUUUUGCUGGCGAGGGACUUCGAACUUUGUUAUAUGGUUAUAGAUUCUUGGAAGAGCAAGAAUAUGCUGGAUGGAAGAAGAUAUAUUUGGAUGCGACAACGAGUCUAGUAGAUCGUCAAAACAUGAUUGAAAAUGCAGGAGAGAUGAUAGAACAAGAUUUUGAUCUUGCGGGAGCCACGGCCAUUGAAGAUAAACUUCAAAAAGGUGUUCCGGAAACGGUAGAUAAAUUGAGGAGAGCGAAUAUCAAGAUUUGGAUGCUUACGGGUGAUAAGCGAGAGACGGCUAUUAAUAUCGCGCACUCGGCGAGGAUUGCAAAACAUUAUUCGGAAGUCGUCAUUCUGGAUCGCACUACUGGUGAAGUUGAGCAACGAAUGGCUACUACAUUAAUUGAUAUCAACAAUGGAAAUGUCGCUCACUCGGUUAUCGUCGUGGACGGACAAACCCUUUCGGAUAUCGAUGCGAACCAAACACUUUCUCUAUUGUUCUUCGAUCUCGUCGUCCAAGCCGAUUCAGUCAUUUGUUGUCGAGCAAGCCCCAGUCAAAAAGCAUCGCUGGUAAAGAAAAUCCGAACUAAAGUCAAUAAAUCCAUCACGCUAGCCAUUGGCGACGGCGCAAACGACAUCGCCAUGAUUCAAGAAGCUCACGUCGGAAUCGGCAUCAGCGGCAAGGAAGGUCUUCAAGCAGCUCGUAUAUCCGAUUACUCUAUCGCUCAAUUUCGAUUUCUUCAACGUCUCUUGUUCGUCCAUGGGCAUUGGAAUUAUGUGCGCACGGGAAAAUACAUCUUGGCGACCUUUUGGAAAGAAUUCCUGUUCUACAUGAUUCAAGCCAUCUACCAAAAGUGGAAUGGUUAUUCUGGAACUUCCCUCUUUGAAUCCGCUUCUCUAACUGUUUUCAAUACGCUCUUCACAUCACUAUGUGUUAUCUUCCUCGGUGUAUUCGAUCAAGAUCUUUCGGCUACCACGCUUCUUGCCGUCCCGGAACUCUACACGUAUGGACAACGUAAUGAAGCGUUUAAUUUGAAAAAGUAUUUUGGUUGGACCUUCAUGGCGGCGAGCGAAAUGAUCAUCAUCUUCUUUUUGGCGUAUGGACUUUUUGGAGAAUCGAGGUUCACGGAUGAUAAUACUUUGUAUUCGUUGGGAGAUUUGUGUUUCACGGCGGCGGUGAUUAUUAUCGUUACGAAACUUCUUAUCCUAGAAAUGCACAGCAAAACCUACAUCACAGCCAUCGGUCUCAUUCUCAGCAUAGGCGGCUGGUUCCUCUGGAAUCUUCUCCUUUCCGCCCUCUAUUCCCCAGAAUCACUCACCUACAAUGUCCGCGAUGGGUUCAUUCAUCACUUUGGUAGCAAUCCACUUUGGUGGUGCACGUUAAUUGUUAUCUUGGCGGCGGUGACGUUGUUGGAGGUGGGAGUGAGUAGCGUGAGGAAGACUUUUUGGGGAAAUGAUAUCGAAGCGUGGCAGGAGUUGGAGAAGGAUGCGGGAGUGUGGAGAAGGUUGGAGGCGGCGGUUAGGGGAGAGGAUGGAGAUAUGGGUUUUGAGAUGGGUGGGGAUGGAAAGAAGAGUCAAGAGGAGCUGGAGGAGGGGGAAAGAGAAAUUGCGGAAUUACUCGAGAGACCUCGGAUUAUGCAUUCUGAAUCGCGAGCGGGAGAGCAGGAGAUAGAAAGAGAGAGACCGAUCAGUAGUGGUACAGGGGUGGCGAGAACAUCUACGCAUUUAAGAAUGAGAAAGGGGAGUUUAGCCGAUGCUGGUGUUGGUGUUGCGUCGGGUGCGGGUGCGGGUGCGGGUGCAAGUGUAGAGGAUGACGAUGAUGAGAUAGGACAUGGACAUGGACAUUUCAUUACGAGUCCCAUAAGUCCAACUGAUACAACGGGAGGCAAGGGUAUUAAAGGAACUAAAAGGAGAGUUUUCAGCUUUACUUAUCCGGGCAUGAAGAGAUGA